GUAUUCCAAUAUGGAUAGCUCAACGACCUACUGUGAUCUGAAAAACGAAAUCCCACGUCAAACUCUUGACGCCGCCCGAGCAGGAUAGAUCGUUUCCGAAAAAGGUAUCCUUAUGUCCUCACGCGGUGUCGUCACUCGUUCAAUCUGCGUUACACGGAGCGGAGCGUUAGCCAAAAAUGUUCCCUGGAACAACUAGAUCCUAUUGCUCGAAGUGUCCAGUGGGAGACCCACAUAAAAUGUUUCGCUGUUCUAACAAUAUUGAUUCAUGACAAUCACGCCGCAUCACCCACCCCAAUCGAACGCAUCCACCAUACCGGUUGCUACAUCAGCCGAUGCAAUUGGAUUAAGGGAAUCGCUUGAUGAAUAUCCUAGCGACUGGUCACGGCACAAUCCAUUUCAUGACGGCGAGAUUCAGUUGCAAAAGCUAGCCGGAACGCACCGUAGCGUUAUGUCGUUUGCGCCCAAGUUUAUCCGUCCUUUCCUUCCGGAGCAGCAUCAAGAGUUUUAUCGGGCGCAAUCAUUCCUCGUCGCAGCUUCCCGAGAUGCCGAUGGUAACAUGUGGUCCACGUUGCUCGUCGCAAGCGAGGGGCCGAACCAGAGUCGCUGUCCAGGAGAUUUUGCAAACCUCGUCGAUUCGCCCGAUCCGGUGACCUUGCACAUUCGAACACAACCCGUCCAGGGGGACGCCCUUUUCGGACAAAUUCAAGUCGAUUCCGACCUAGGAUUAUUAGGAAUUGAAUUUGCCUCCAAACGUCGCAAUCGGGUAAACGGACGAAUCCUUUAUUCGACACCAAACGACGGCAUGGUGUUGAGAGUUGAUCAAUCUUUCGGCAAUUGUCCCCAGUACAUCAAACCAAGAAAGGAAUGGUGGUGGAAUGCUGAAAAGAAAGAAACGGAAGGAGCAAGCCCCACCUUUUCCUCGUCAACCAAACCUUCGCAUUUAUCGGAAUUGCAUAUAAAAACAAUCCAAGGCGCCACCACUAUCUUCUUGGCAACGGGAUAUCGUGGCCAGGGAAAGGAUACUCGCUUUGGGAAUGACGCAUCCCAUCGUGGAGGCCCCCCUGGCUUUCUUCUUGUGCGAGACAAGCACACAAUAGUGCUACCCGAUUUCGCCGGUAACAAUUUUUUCAAUUCGCUCGGCAAUCUGGUCAUGGAUUCAAGGAUGGGUCUGACCAUCCCAGAUUUUGAAAGUGGUGGCAUGCUGCAAUUGUCUGGACGCGCGCAGAUUUACCCCGGGGCGUUGCGGUUGACCAUGUUUUUAAUUGAACAGGUCAACGUGGUGCCCGCGGGGACCUUUGCUAUUCGAUGGUCGAUUCCGUCAAAAGGAGAAUCGCGACUUUUGGAAGUUGUGUCCAUUGUUCAAGAAUCGGUCGACGUGAAAUCCUUCCAUCUGGCAGCCCCGGCUACUGUCUCUCCGAAUGACGAUGACAAAACAAGCAAUCACAAGCUUUGGGGUUUCAAAGCUGGACAGCAUUUGCCGAUUGAGCUUCAAACAAAGGAUGGUGAAAUUCUCCGGACCUACAGUCUUUCGGGCUCGCCGAGUUUAUCGUCAAAUACUUAUCGUAUUUCCGUAAAGCGGGAGCCCUUAGGUAAGGCUUCUAAUCAUCUACACGAUUACGUGCAGGUCGGUGAUUUAGUUCAAGUGUCUCGGCCGGCCGGUGACUUUACAUGGAGAGCCUCUGAGCUUCCUGUCGCUGGAGAAGUAGGGGAAAACUCUGGUGCAAAAACACGAACACUGGUAUUACUGAGCUCGGGAGUCGGUAUUACGCCCAUUCUUUCCAUGCUAUACCAGUACGUAGCACAAAGCAAAGACUUACAAGCUCCCCGUCCUGCCUUGUGGUUGCACGGUGCGCGUGAUGGAGCACACCAUCCCUUUCGAGAGGAAGUUUCAAAGUUGGUGCAACACGCACAGCUACGGGCACACUUACCGCUGCAAACGCAUGUCGUCUAUUCACGACCAUCACCCAAAGACGCAGGCCUCUACGAUUCCAUCGGGCGCAUUCGAUUUGCUUUGUUGCAAAACAUUGUUGUUGAGUGGAAAGACGCAGAGUACUUUAUGUGCGGCUCGAGCUCAAUGAUGACCGACAUGGAGGAAAGCUUGCUAAAGGCCGGAGUCCGUGCGAGUGACAUUCAUUUUGAAACCUUCUGAAUUCUUUUACUCACUGCGGUAGCUUGAAAUUACAGCGCAACAAAUUAACAAGUGCCAUUAUCUUAAUU